AGAUCAUGAAAUUCUAAGAUACUCGCGCUUUUCCUGUUUCAACGAUCAAGAUCUUGACACGUGGGCGAAUCAAAACAUUAGAAACUUCCGUCGUCUAUAGUUCUCGUUAAAAGAUUCUCCCACUGGGGUUUCUUCCUCUUUCUGUAUGAGGCGAGCGCUCCUUCUCUCACCCCUCUUCCCUCUGUGUGUUUGAGAUUUUCAUCAAAGAGCAGAAGUCAUGGCGCCGAUCAGGAAGGAGGGCCGUUCUGGGAAAUCACAGCUGAGGCAACUUCAGAAAAUGGACAAAAGGGUGUCAAAGCAAAGAGCUGAACUGAUUCGUGCAAAAAAGCGUGUGGAGAAGGACAAGGCAGCAGCAGAGGCAGCAGCAAUCAUAUUAGCUGAACGGAAAAUGUGGAAUGAGCUCCACAAAAAGGAAAUUGAGCGCAGCGAACGCUUCAUUGCUCUUACCCUCGAUAUUUUGGAUGCAAAAGAUCACGGUGACCUUGCCACAGCUGGCGUUCUUGAGCACUCUAGGAGUGAGUUGCUGGCUAAGAUGGAGGAGGAAAUACAAGCUUUAAUGAACACUGGUGGCAGUCGUGAGUGAAAAUUGGAACAUACAGUGACUAUGUCUUAUUUACUGUUGGUUAGCUCCUCUGCUUCUUAUUGUUACUGCCAAACAGACAAUUAUCUCAUCUAGAUUGCCCUGUCCUGUAAUAAGGUGAUGCUAGAUCAAUUCCAAAUGCUGCAAAGCACUGAGACACCAUUUUUAAUAUCUUGCAUUUGAUGUGUUUCAUUUUGGAAUUUCUGCCAUAGUUAUUGCUGUUUCAUCCACCUUGAAUGUUAGUUGAGACAAUGAUGUGGGACAGGUUAAGGGGUUAUGGUGGGCUUGGGGAUUUAGAGGCUGUUUAGGCAAAUAUAUACUGUGAAUAGUAUGCGUGAACAGUAAAAUAGGGUCUGUUUA